ACCAAAUGUUGGAACAUUUUCUGUCUGGGUUGGUGUGCCAUGAGUGUUACCCUUUCGAAAAUUGAUGUACAGAUGAUGUAUCCAUUUCAAACAUACACUGCACAGACAAUGUUUCAUACACUGUACAGACGAUGCAUCAUACACUGUAGACGAUGUAUCUUACACUGUACAGACGAUGUAUCAUACACUGUACAGACGAUGUAUCAUACACUGUACAGACGAUGUAUCAUACACUGUACACACAAUGUAUCAUACACUGUACAGACAACAUAUCCAUUUCAAACGUACACUGUACAGACGACGCAUCCAUUUCAAACAUACACUGUACAGACAACGCAUCCAUUUCAAACGCACACUGUACAGACAAUGUAUCAUACACUGUACAGACGAUGUAUCUUACACUGUACAGACGAUGUAUCAUACACUGUACAGACGAUGUAUCAUACACUGUACAGACGAUGUAUCAUACACUGUACAGACGAUGCAUCAUACACUGUAGACGAUGUAUCUUACACUGUACAUACGAUGUAUCAUACACUGUACAGACGAUGUAUCAUACACUGUACAGACGAUGUAUCAUACACUGUACAGACGAUGUAUCAUACACUGUACAGACAAUGUAUCAUACACUGUACAGACAAUGUAUCGUACACUGUACAGACAACGUAUCCAUUUCAAACGUACACUGUACAGACGACGCAUCCAUUUCAAACGUACACUGUACAGACAACGCAUCCAUUUCAAACGCACACUGUACAGACAAUGUAUCAUACACUGUACAGACGACGCAUCCAUUUCAAACGUACACUGUACAGACGACGUAUCAUACACUGUACAGACGACGUAUCCAUUUCAAACGCACACUGUACAGACGACGCAUCCAUUUCAAACGUACACUGUACAGACACAUCCAUUUCAAACGUACACUGUACAGACAAUGUACACUUAAUUGCACAUAAACUGUUUUACAUAUCUCAAUGAUCAUACAUAAUCAACAUAGGUAUUUUCGUUGUAGAAAAAAUUGCAUGAUAGCAACAGUCAAACUUUAGUAUCUCGGAGUAGGUGAAGUCAUGAAAAAACUUUGACAUAUACCGAGUAUUUAAGGUAAGCGAGUAUAUUUUACUCUCAGGACUGAAUUCUUCAUUUGAUUUAUGCAGGGUCUUGGAAUUAUCCAAGUCCUAGAUAAUGAAGUUUAACUGUAGUCAAAUAUUUUCAAUCUUUUUCUCCUUACAAAAGUCACAAGUCACAUGGCUAUAUACUAGUAAAGAAUAGGAACAUAUUGUCCUACAUUAUGAUAAUUGUUUUAGAAACUAAAAUAAACAUAUAAAUGUGAUUUUGUCAAUCUAUCAACAUAAUUCUUUUAAUACUUGUAAUUAUAUCAAAAAGAGCACUAUAGUUCAGAUAAUAAUGUUACAAUAUCGUUCAAGAGGCAAGAUUCUAAAGACACCAACCAAAUACUGGCUUAACUAGAAAGGAACUCACAUUUUAACAAAGUGCAAAUUAAAAAAAAAA